AUGGAUCCAGCCAAGAGGAUCCAUUUCUUCGUUGCCAUCGGCACUUUGCUCAUGACUGCCUGCAUGAAGCCCGUGGUCGGCUAUGCCCACGAUUUUGACGAGGACGUCGGAAACCUGAUGGUUCAAACAAAUUGGUGCUCGGCAAGCAGCUCUCCAACCUUCUAUCCCAUAGCUGCACCAUCGUUGAUGUCGUCGAAAGCCUCGAGGGUGCCGGGAUAUGUUGACGACAAUCGGCAGGAAAGCCAGCUUGCCGAGCGACUUUUCCCCCGUGUUGUGGCAGACCUGCCCACGACCAUCUCCUCGUUCGACGUGACAGAUAACAAGGGCGCCGUCGUCACGGAGCACCGCGAGGUAUCUGCCGUCGGCGCUGAACGACAAGGAAAGCACCGCGAGGCUGGGGCCUGCGGCGACCUGAUACCAUCGCACCCAGCAGGGGGUUCUGGAGAUGGACACUGCCGUACCCAGCGGAACUAA